CUUGUGCACCAUGAAGACCUUACUUAUUCUCGCCGUUUGUUUUAUCGCGGCUCAGACCCUAACCGACGAACAGCGAGAAAAACUGAAAAAAUACAGAUCGCAAUGUCUCGCUUUGAAUACGAAGGUCGACGUAAAGUUAGUUAACGAAUUGAAAUCAGGAUACUUUAAGACCGAGAAUGAACCUCUGAAGAAGUACAUUCUCUGCAUUCUGGUCAAAGCAGGGGUGAUGACUAAGGCUGGAGAGUUCAAGAAGGACGUACUUCUUGCCAAAACUUUGAAUCCGGCUGAAAAGCCAAUAGUAAAGAAGCUGCUCGACAAAUGCUUGGUAUUCAAGGGCAACACUCCCCACCAGAGUGCUUGGAACUACUCAAAGUGCUUCCACGAACAUAGACCUAAGAGGAACGAAACCAUUUUUCGAGUGAAUUUUAUACCUUGCCUGCCCUUGGCCUAUGGCAGAUUACCACCAGGUCGCCUUCUAAGCGACUGCCGCUGGCGGGGCCGCGGUGGUGAGCCCCGCGCGUUCCCGCAGACCUCACGCCUUGCGGAGCUGUGCCUUGAACAGGCUAUUGGCCGUCCGAUCUUCGGAAGGAAAAGUGUAGAAAAUGUUUGGAUUUGUGAUAGUUUGGUUACUUCUAUCUGUGCACAGCUUGAUGAGACCACCACCGCCACCACGAAUGUUACCACGGAACCAUCUGAGCUGUAUCUGGAGCAUUGUAUCAAUGAAAGUAAAGCGAACAGAAUUGCUGUUAACAAACUGAAAUCAGGAGAUAGGCGAAAUGCAAACGAAGCUUUGAAGAAGUGGGCGCUUUGUUACCUUGGGAAGCAGGGCGUGAUGUCAUCAGCCGGUGUUCUAAGCCAGGAUGUCGUUUUAAAGGAUAUUCCGAGCACUGAUAAAGACAAAGUUGAACAGAUUGUCGAUAAAUGUCUCUACAAGACGGCACACGAUCCAGUUGAAACCGCCUGGCACUAUAUAACUUGCUUCCAUAAAAGGGGGUCGAAAUACGCGAAAAAAGCGAAUGGGUUAUAAUCCUGAGAUUAUUUUGUAUUUAUAGA